CGAUACCCAGCACGUUACGUUGCGCCCUCUCGGUUUAGCUAGUUCCUGGUCUGACUUAGGCCCAGGCUCGGCGAAACGGGGGAGGGGCGAGAGUUAGAGUGCUGCUGCUGCUGUUGCUGUUGGCGAGGGACUACUUGGCGGGAGAGGGAAGAAGGGACCGGAGUCAACGCGGGGGGAGGGAGGAGGGAGGAGGGAUGUUGCCCGAAGUGUAACUGCAGCGCCGCCGCCACCGCCGCGACCCUCCUCGCCAUGAUCAUAGAGAACGUGGACGCGCUCAAGUCCUGGCUGGCCAAGUUAUUGGAGCCGAUAUGUGAUGCUGAUCCAUCAGCCUUGGCUAACUAUGUUGUUGCACUGGUCAAAAAAGACAAGCCAGAAAAAGAACUAAAGGCUUUCUGUGCUGAUCAGCUAGAUGUAUUUCUGCAAAAAGAAACAUCGGGUUUUGUUGACAAAUUAUUUGAAAGCCUAUAUACUAAGGAUUACCUAGUUCCUAAUGAACCAGUAAAACCAGAUCUGAAGACUAAUCAAGGAAAAGAAGAAAUCAAAGAAGAAGCAAUGAUGCUAAAUACUGUGUUAAAGAAGGUUAUUCCCAUUUCAGAGACAUUUCAGGAAUCUUUUGAAGAAGACCGAGAGAACAAAAAGAAGAAAUACACUAGCCCGCAGAAAAAUCGUUCAGAUUCUAACGAGCAAAGAACCAGAGAAAGAAAAAGAGAUGAUGGCAAAUGGAGAGACUACGAUAGAUACUAUGAUAGGAAUGACUUAUACAGAGACAAAUAUGACUGGCGAAGGGGAAGAAGUAAGAGUCGUAGUAAAAGCAGAGGGUUAAGCCGAAGUCGGAGCCGCAGUAGAGGCAAAAGCAAAGACCAAGAUGCAAACAAAGACAGGGAUCCUGGCAGAAAUAUUGAUCACAGAGACCGAGCCAAAUUCAAGUGUGAAAGAAGUGACAUGGACAGUUCAUACAACCCUGUGUCUUUGUCUUCCAUAAACUCAGCUGAACAGUAUUCUACCGGAGCCCAGUGUAUUCCUACUGCUGUCACUGUGAUUGCGCCAGCUCACCAUCCUGAAAACACAACAGAAAGCUGGUCAAAUUACUACGGCAAUCAUUCCGCACCUAAUUCAUUUGGCAGGAAUGUUCCACCAAAAAGGCGGUGUCGAGAUUAUGAUGAACGAGGAUUUUGCGUACUUGGUGAUCUUUGUCAGUUCGAUCAUGGAAAUGACCCACUAGUUGUAGAUGAAGUAUCUCUGCCAAGCAUGAUUCCUUUCCCACCUCCGCCUCCGGGACUUCCUCCACCUGGAAUGCUAAUGCCCCCAACCCAAGGUCCAACCCACAACAUGAGAAUGCCAGGCCCACAUUUACAUCCUCGACCGCCACCACUUGUUAGAAUCCCCAUACCAAGACCUCCUUCAUCUCAAUCCAGUUUAAUUAAUAGCCGUGACCCGCCAGGAACAACUACAGUGCCCAGCCUUGCACCAAUGGGGGCAAGGCUACCUCCACCACUACCCCAAAGCCUACUGUAUUCAGUAUCAGAACAUACAUAUGAACCAGAUGGCUAUAAUCCAGAAGCUCCUAGUAUUACUAGUACUGGUAGAUCUCAGUAUCGACAGUUCUUUUCAAGGACUCCAAUGCAGCGUCCAAAUCUUAUUGGCCUAACAUCUGGUGAAAUGGACACAAAUCCAAGAGCUGCUAAUAUUAUCAUACAAACCGAACCUCCAAUUGGAAUUGCAAGUAACAGCAGUAAUGUAUCCAGAGUGGUGCUUGAGCCAGACAACAGGAAGAGAAUUUUGAACACUAUAGAAGGACCAUCUCCAAAGAAACCGUGGAUUGGAAAACAAACUAAUAACCAAAAUAAGCCAGGGUUCCUGAAGAAGAGCCAGUAUACGAAUACUAAAUUGGAAGUUCGUAAAAUACCACCAGAACUGAACAAUAUUACUCAGUUGAAUGAACAUUUCAGCAAAUUUGGAACAAUUUCCAACAUUCAGGUUGCCUUUAAGAAUGAUCCUGAAGCUGCUCUAAUUCAGUAUUUAACGAACGAUGAAGCCAGAAAAGCUAUUUCUAGCACAGAGGCAGUGUUGAACAAUCGGUUUAUACGAGUAUUGUGGCACCGGGAAAGCAACGAGCAGCAGCCCUUGCAACAGCAGCAACUGUCACAGCCGCAGCCACCACAGCUGCAGCAGCAACAGCAGCUGCUGCCAACACAAUCUCUUCAUCAAUUGCAUGUGCAGCCACAGGUUUUGGCACAGCCUCCACCUGUAACAAUACACAGCAGUAUGCCAAAGGUGGUUAAACCAUUAACUCCAGGUGCCUAUGUCUUUAACAAGGUUCCAGUUAAACAUCGACUUGGAACAACCAGUGGAAAUCAUCCAGAUUCUCAUCAUGUAUUACUUAACCAGUCCAAUGCUACUACAGAGGAUGUUCAGUUGUUUCCUUCUUCAACAACACAUUCAAAGAUGGUUUACAGUUCUUCCAAUAUGAAGACAGGAAAUAAGUCUGGUACAGGAAAUAAAUCUCAUGAUGUCCAAGAAGUUCUUAAAAAGAAACAGGAGGCAAUGAAAUUGCAACAAGACAUGAGAAAGAAACAGCAGGAAAUGUUGGAGAAACAAAUAGAAUGUCAAAAGAUGCUAAUAUCAAAAUUGGAAAAGAAUAAAACCACGAAACCAGAGGAAAGAGCAGAGAUUAUGAAGACUCUGAAAGAGCUAACAGGAAAAAUUUCUCAGUUGAAAGAUGAAUUAAAAACUUCCUCUGUUGUUUCUACACCAUCAAAGCUAAAGUCUAAAACUGAAGCACAAAAAGAACUCUUAGAUGCAGAAUUGGACUUACAUAAAAGAUUGUCUUCUGGGGAAGAUACAACUGAACUGAGAAAAAAACUUAGCCAAUUACAGGUGGAGGCGGCUCGUUUAGGAAUCUUACCUGUUGGUCGGGGAAAAGCAAUGUCCGCUCAAACUAGAGGAAGAGGACGAGGUCGUGGAGGGAGAGGAAGGGGUAUUGUGAAUCACAUGGUAGUGGACCACCGCCCCAAAGCACUAACAAUUGGAGGCUUUGUGGAAGAAGAGAAAGACGAAGUACUGCAACAUUUUUCACAAUUUGGAGACAUUGAAGGCCUUCAAGAGGAGGAAUCUCCUUUAAGUGUUGUUUUGACAUUUAAAUCCCGCUCUGAAGCUGAAAACGCUGCCAAUCAAGGUUUAAAGUUUAAAGACCGACGACUUCAGAUAUCAUGGCAUAAACCUAAAUUACCCUCUGUGUCUACAGAAACUGAGGAGGAAGAGCCCAAGGAAGAGGAGACAGAAACAUCAGAUUUAUUUCUACCUGAAGAUGAUGAUGAUGAAGAUGAAGAUGAAGAUGAAUCCCGUUCUUGGAGAAGAUGAAACUUCAAGAGGAAGCAUAUAAUUUUAGAAUUGUUCGAACUCAAAUUUUUAAAAAAUAUUUAAAGGAAAUCCAUGAGCCAAAAAUCUGUUUUUGUUUUUUGUUUUUUAUAAAUAUAUACAUUAAGAUAACAUGUGUUUGAUAUGUAAACUUAGCAAGUAAGUAGCUAUGAUCAGCCAAAGGCCCAGAGCUUCUACAAAGCUGUAAAAAUGGUUGUGAUCUUAUAAAAGUGAAAUAUAUUUAGUCUUUCAAGCCCAACUUUUGUUCAUUCUGAUUUCAAAGUAACAAUUUGUUUUAUUAAAUAUCAAUGACUUCAUAGUUUUUGUUAGCAAUGUGGAAUCUGAGAUGAGAACAAUAAGUCAAAUUCAUCAACAUUGUCUAGAAUUUGUUAAUUCAGAAUUCCUUUCAUUGGGUGGCAGGCAGCUUAAGUAAAUCUUGACUGAAAAACAAUCAGGAAUUGCACAUAUGUUUGUGAAUGAGCUGUUUUCAUAUAUUCCACUAUCCGAAAUAUGGUUAUCAGUUCUUGCCAGCAUUGGUGAUGGUGAUUCCUUUUCUUUUGUUUUUUCCCCAUCUUUACACAUUCUUUUAAUUGCCAUUAGGAAUGCAACUGACCAACCACUUCUGCUGUGAUUUCACAUUUUAGUUCAGUGGAACGUAUCAGCCUUAAAAAACUAUUAAAAAUUACAACAGCAGGAAUAUUUUUUUAACAGUAUUGGUAAUGUGAAAUUACUUGUUUUGAAAAUGCCCUAUCUCUAGAACUCGCUUCAGGAUAAUUAAUGGCUGGAUUUUAUUUUUUAAGGAAAAGCCAAUGCACUGUUCCAAGUAAUGUAUUUCUUGCAACCCACAGAAUUGCAAAUCAAAAACAAUCUUGUUUUAAAAUGAUAGAUACUAAGCCAGCACUUAAAAUAAUACUGUGGGUUCAAGUUAUAACACAUUAAAAAUUAAUGUUGAGUUGAGGAAAAAAGUAAAACACUGAUUUAAGCAUUUUUUAUCCGCAUGCUGAUAAAAAUAUGUCUAGUCUUCCCCCUUUAAAAAAAAAAAAAACCAAAUACCGGUAGUUCAUGGUGUAGAUUUGGUAGAUUUUAUGUUACUUUUUUUUUUUUUUUUACUGCAAGGGCAAUAGAUCUUUAUAUCCCAUGUCUCUUGCUGCUAUUAAUUCUAAAUAUGUCCUCCUGUGGAUCAUCUCUUAGUGCUUUUGUAUACUAUUUCUCAUAGUCAGUGGUGAGGAAGUGUAGCUGUCUGAUAAAGCUCCCCAGAUAGUCUACUAUAGGAAUUCUGACUGUGACUUUAAGGACAGUACUUAGAAACACUUGAAGGGCCAUUGUUAUCCCCAUCCUAGUCAUAGAUAAGAGCAGCAGGUUAUGCAAGGAGCAUAUGAUGUCACUGCAUUUAAGUUAAGAUUGAUGAAGCAAGGCAAACGUUACUGUAUCAAUUCCCAUGGCACCUCUGCAUUCAUUAAUUCAAAAAUGUAAUUAUAUCUUCAGGUUUCUUACAUUCAGAUUAGCAUAGUGGUAUUUAAUUGAAUCUAAGUGUCCAAACACCUAAGUUAGGUUUCAGAUCUUGCUACCAGAACUUUUUUUUUCCUUCCUCACAUUUUGGGAACUAUGUACAUUGUUAUAAAAGCACAUCCCAUUUGAAUUCCAUCCGUAAGUGAAUAAGAGUAUAUGCUACCAGCUCUUAUUUGCUCUUUAUGUAAAGGCCUUUGUGUUCUAGAUUAUUGCUACAUUCCUACUAAUGUUGAAUCUCAGUGAAUUAAGUUAUGACAAUAAAGCACGAAUAUUGCACACACUUUAACAGGCAAAGCCUUGCUUUUCUCCCGUUGCCUGUGAUAUCUUUAGAAUGCUUAUGGCUCAGUAUGUGGCCAUCACAUAUAUUGACUCAGCAAGAAAAUGCUUGAAUCUGGACAGUUAGUUAAUAAUAGAGGGAACAAAGGGUUUAUGUAUACAUAUAUAGAGAUACACACACACACACACACACACACAUAUAUAUAUAUAGAAAGAGAAAUAUAUAUAUAUACACACACACACAUAUAUAUAUAUAUAUAUACUGUACAGGGUUUUUUCUUAGAACUGUAUAAUUUUGUAAAUAUUUUUGCUUUUUUUGUGUACUAAAAACUACCAGCAUCUAGAUUUCCAUAAGAAUUCUUGUAUUUUUGUAUUUGGAAGAUUACAGUUGACUGAACGAAGCUGUAAGAGAAAUUUCCUUAGCUUUUGGAACAGUUAGACUGGAUGGGAUUCCUUUUCAUAUGGUUUUAGAUAACUUUUGUUAGCAUGCUGUUCAGGAGAAUGAAUAUCUUUACUCAAAAGUGUUAGCUUUUUUCAUGGAGAAGAGACAGGGGCCAACAGAGAUUUAUUAAACUUUUUCCCAUCUUUGCUUUCUUUCCUGUGUUUUUCAGUAUAAGUUGACACGCAUAAAUCCUUUAGUGACAACUUAAAUGUAAUUUCUCAGCCUAGAAGCACAAAACUGAGUUGUGCCCCUAAAUUUAUGUAUUGAAAGCAUACUAUUGUGUUACUGAGAAUGUAAGUAAUGGGCAGCAUAGUGGUAACUCACUUAAAAAGAAAAUAGGAAACUAGUUCAAAGUGACCUUCAUUUUGAUGUAGCUAUGAAACUCCCUGUGUUGUGUAUUAGAACUUGGUUUAAAAAAAACUAUUGUGUUACUGGUAACUUCUGGUACCACCUGCUGUGAAAUUGUCCUUUUCAUAGUCAUAAGCCAUAACAAAAAGCAUAAUAUAAAUACACCCGCAAAGUACCUUGAAAGCUAGGUAUUCUAAUAAAACUUUACUAUAUAUAUAUAAAAUAUCCCUUUCUAACCACUUAGCAAUGUAUCACUCUAUUGGCAUUAAAAAGAAUGUCAUAAUGUAAAUGCUCAGUGAAUCAUCCCCUUAAAGCUUUACAAAUAUUAAUGCUACUACUAUAUAAACUGUUGGUUUAACUGUGGUGUAUUUUUUAAUCUUUACAUAUAAAAAUGCACAGCAUCUGAAACUUUUCAAAAAACAAACAAACCAUAAUUGCCCACAUACAGUGGAGAUGCUUCAACAUUUUUAAUGAAAUCAUGUGAAAAGGAAUAUUAAAUUCCUCUCAAUGUACAUUAACUUGUAUUAUAGUUUUUACAAGAUUGUGAACUUGUGUAAUAGUAUAUUAGGAGAUAUUGUUGGAUUUCUAACUGUUUAUACAUUUAAAUUCAUACAUGUAAUGUUUGUUUUAUUGAUUACACUUUGAAUUUCUAAGAUGCAUGUUGACUUUUUGCAAUAAAGAAAUAACAUGGAAUGGUUUAAAAUUAAAAAAAAAAAAAGUUUGAAUUGAAAUUUGGAAAAGUAACCAUUCCAGAGAAAAAAAUAUACUCAGAAAA